GUCCCGUCCCGCAUCACGCGGCUAAUUUGGUCUCAAUCACGCAUCACGCCGCUAAUUUUGGGGCGAUCACGCGUCUCGCAAAAACGGCCCUUUGCCACCCUCUUGAAAGACUUCAAAAGGUCCAGCCCGUUUGAGCGCGGGCUCAGUAUUUCCCUAUUUUCAAAAGUGUUUUUGUAUAAGUUACAUCAUGCUGUCUACAGUAAAAUAAAAUGGCGGACUGCUCGUGAUUCUCGGGAAGAGCUAAUGGCAACUGUGUUUUUUGACUCAUGGAACCUCAAGUAUCAACUCAGAAAAUGAUACGAGAGGAUGAUAAAGAUGCAGUCGUGUACAAGAUCGUCGAAAAGCUGCAGAACAGCUCGCUUUUCCUGGAAAUGAAGGCAGAUUUACAGAAAGAAGUUGCAAAACCUCAUAUUCAUGUCACAGACAUGAAGAAGAGUGUUGAAAACUAUCUAAGGGACUCAGGCUGGGAGAUCAAGCUACAGAAUGCAGUUUACACUCAACUUAAAAGUUUGCCAAUGUCUUCAUUGUCGGACAAUCCACAACAACAAGUAAAGGAACCAUUAGCAUUCAUUCGCAAAGCGCAGAUGAACUGGGAGAAGAGAAUUGUGAAGAGCAUUAACAGCAUGUGUACAGAGUUAUCACUACCAUUAGCAAGGAAGAGAUCAUCAACUGACCAAGCUAAUAUAUCAUCAAAGUUUGAAACUUUGGGUGGUGAACUGGAUGAAAAGCAAAUGGAGAAAAUUAAGCCAGUCUAUGCUCCUAAAGACUUCUUUGAGGCCCUUAUCAGCAUAGAAAAUCCAAGUUUUACUCCACUUCGAAAGACACCAAGUUCCAUCAAAGGCUGGGGUUUAAUCAAGGUUCAGUUGUAUGUGAAAUCCCUCCAAGAAAUGAAAGCUGCGUACAAAGAACUGGAUCCAGGAAAUUCCCACAGUGGAGUGGACGAUGCCCUGCUUGAAAGUACCUCUUUUGAAACAUUUUCAACUGAAUGGAACAAAAUAGGACAAAAAGUUAUUCAACAUGGAAGCACACCAGCUGCCAGGCAAUUUGCCAAGUAUGGCUGUCCUCCAGGACUCAGAGGGGAUAUGUGGAAACUUAUCUUGGGGCUUGAAGUGGAUGAUAUGGACCUGUUAUAUUUUCAGCAGCUGAAGCAAUAUGUUGUCGAGUAUGACAUGCUGGUUGACAGCCUCAUUACAAAGGACAUCAAGUUAACGUCUUCCAACGAUGACGACUAUUUUGUCUUUGAAGAUCUCCUGUGCCAAGCUCUGCUUGUAUUCAGUAGAGACACAUCCAUCUUGCAGCAUUUUGAGCAGUCAAGUGCUACACCACCGAAGUCAUACAUUCGAGGCAAACUUGGUGUUCAAGACUACGCCGUUGUUUAUCCCCCAAAUGGUGUCAUACCGUUCCAUGGAUUUUCUAUGUAUGCAUCCCCGCUGGGUUUUGUGUGUGCGAAAGCUCCCCAACUUUACUUUCUUUUCCGACAAAUUUACACCAGAUAUUUUUUUCGUCUUCACACUAUGUCCUCGCACCCUCAGGGAAUCUUAUCGCUGUGUGUGUUGUUUGAAAAUCUUCUUCAAACACAUGAACCUGCUUUGUUUUAUUAUCUCAAGGAAGUUGGAGCUCACCCGCUUCGUCUGGCCUUUAACUGGAUAAUUUAUGCAUUCGCUGGCUAUUUAGACACCGAACAGCUUCUUCUCCUGUGGGACAGAAUAUUUGCUUAUGACUCGAUGGAAUUAUUAGCAGUUCUUGCGAUGGCGAUCCUGUCAUACCGCCGUACAAAUUUAUUGGAAGUGACAAACCUACAAGCAGCUCAGACGGUGCUCGCAGAUAUCUCUACUCUGAACACGGUCGCAUUACUACAAUACGUGCUUUUCCUCAAGUAGUAACCAUAAUCUUCACCUGUCUCCUUGAGAACACAGAGGAUCAGAAAGCUGGAAAGCCGUUCGAUGGAUUGUGCGCAAUGAUAUCUUCUCGCCUCAAUGCUUCUGGUCUACUACAAACUGCAUGUGGCAUGUUUCCCAGCAAACUGCAACCCUUUCACCUCAACUUCAGCUGUUUCCCCCCAAAAUGUGCAUCGUACGUCAAGGUGGUUCGCGCCAAAAUGCGCGGUGUUCGUCACAGCUUCCAUUUGUCUGCCACCACAGCCUUCCGUGUCCUUCGCAAUAAGUUCAGAUCGCCUGUAUGACUAUGAAAGGAAAACUGACAUUUUGCUAUCAAUUUUUCUCAUAUUCGUGACAAAGGAAGGUAGAUUGGUGCAUUUCUAGGAACACUGUAGUAAUAAUAGCUUUUCCGUAGUUUGAAUUCCCAAUCCUUAGACGGACAACUUUGGCGCGUUUCAAAAGUACCGUCCUGCGUUGUUGCGACUGACAACAACUUUAGACUCAAGAGGCACUAAAGCCCUAAGCGAGUGGGAUAAAUGUGAACAGCUUGUAGUUUGAAAUCCAAACUAGUAACCCAUCGCAGUGGUGGUGAAAAUAUUUAAAAGCAGACUUUUAGAAAAUCUGGUUCAUAAAAACUAUUUAACCAGCAAUCAGGCGUUGCGCGAUUUUUUCGGGGUAACUUAGCAGAAGGCCGCCAUAAAAAAAGAAAUGCCGCUUGAUCGCAGGUAAGAAAAUGUUGGUCGAUGCCGGGCAUCUAGCGGACUUACCAUCGGGUUGUCUUAUGACUCUAAUAAGCCUAAACAAGACAAAACCCAAAACGGGUUAAAAGGAAGAGAAGGGAAUGGAGAGCCAAAAAAUUUAGCAUUUCUUAAAAUUUCAAGAUUGUUUAUUUUGGAAAUUGUGAGUGAGUUGCAGUGAUAACGGUUUGAAGUAAGUUAUAUAUAGUUAUUUAUGCGUCGUUUGUAUGAAAUGUAAAAAAAAAAGAGAUUAACAACAUUCUAGAAUGACAGAG